AAGGUCCAGGUCCCUCGAGGCUGCCCUGCCGGUGACUGAUUGAUUCCCGAAGGGAGGAAAGGCGCAUCGCAUCGCAUCGCAGCGGCAGCAGCAGGGCUGCAACGACUGCAAGCAAUCGGAGGAAUUCCGCGGGAUCGGUGCGCAAGAAUGGCUGGCUGGCCCGAUCGAUCCGUGGAUCCUUGCGUUUCUGGAGUUUGAGGACGGUCGUGGUGGUCGAGGUUCGUUCGUUAGGUUCACAUUCGUUCGAGUCUAUGAAUUGCGCUCAGCUGAUGAUCAGUCGUCUUCGGUGAGGGCCAGCCUUGUUUGAAUUUCGGGUCACUGAGCAAAGAAAUGGAUCCUGCGAAAAGUGAUGCCGUUGCUUCCAAGAUGAUCACCCACCUAAUUCUGGAUCUCGACGGCACUCUGCUCGACACUGAACGCCUGGUGGAAGAAGCGAGUAGACAGGUGGUGGUCAAUUACGGUAAAGCUUGGGAUGGCAGGGGAGCUGCCGAGCGGUUUGGAAAACGGCCCCUGGAAGCGGCUGCUGCUCUCAUUCAAGACUACGAGCUUCCUUGCACACCAGAGCAAGUGUAUGCACAGACUUCAGAAUUCCUCCAGGCCAGCUGGGCAAGAGCGAAACCGCUGCCGGGUGCUAUACGGCUGAUUAGAUAUCUGCAGUCGAAUUCGAUCCCUGUCGCCUUGGCAUCCAGUUCACCACUGGAGAGUAUCAAGCGAAAACUGUCCUUUCAAGAGGGGUGGACAGAGGUUUUGGGGGUCGUGGUUUCGGGUGAUCAAGUGAAGGAAGGGAAGCCGUCUCCAGAAAUCUUUCUCGAAGCAGCCAGGAGAUUGAAAGCCGAGCCAGGCAGCUGCCUAGUGAUCGAAGAUGCACCGGUUGGUGUCACGGCGGCCAUGGCAGCGGGCAUGCGCGUCGUGGCCGUGCCGUCGCUGGCCACCAAGGCCGCGCGCCCGCUCUACUCGGCCGCGGAUCAAGUCCUGAGCUCGCUGCUCGACCUGCGCCCCGAGGCGUGGGGCCUGCCACCGUUCGCCGAUUGGAUCGAGAACUCGUUGCCCAUCGAUCCGUGGUACAUGGGCGGCACGGUCAUCAAAGGCUACGGGCGCGGAUCUAAGGUUCUCGGCAUUCCCACCGCGAACCUGCCGACCGCUGCGUUCUCGAGCCAGCUCGCCGAGCAUGUGUGCGGCAUCUAUCUGGGCUGGGCUGGACUGGCCGAUCGAGGCGUCUACAAAAUGGUCAUGAGCGUGGGGUGGAAUCCAUACUUCGACAAUGCGGAGAAGACCGUGGAACCGUGGCUUCUGCACGACUUUCCCGAAGAUUUUUAUGGAGAAGAACUUCGCCUCGUCGUCGUGGGAUACAUCCGGCCCGAGGCAAACUUUCCAUCGUUAGAAGCUCUCAUCGAGAGGAUACACGAGGACGGACGCAUUGCCAAGAGAGCUCUAGAUGUGAUCCCAUAUAAAGAUUUUGAACAUGAUCCGUAUCUCACGACGCCAAUUCAAAGGGUGCCGGUAUUAGAAGAUAGAACUUGAGUCGAUGCGAGGUUGUAUCAUAUGAGGUUACCCGGGAAAAUAAACAAGUUAUGGUAUUAUUGCAAAAGCCCUGAAUGACUAAAAUCAUGCAUUUUGGACAUCGUUCCAUGAUGCGACUGAGUCACUUUCUCUCUCUUGAGAAUGUCUUGUAAUAUCCAAAGCCAUGUCAAGUCCAACAGAAUAUCAUCUCACC